AGGGAAAGGAGAGAGAGAGAGUGGAAGAAAGGGAAAGAGAGGGAGACAGAGAGAGAGGGCGGGACAGGGAGAGACACGCACACACAGAGGAGAAGGAGGGCAAGAGAGAGGUGGAGAGAGAGAGAAAAAAAGAAACGGGGAGAAAUUAAGGAGAGAUAGAGGAAGGGAAAGAGAGAGACACAGAGAGAGAUUGGUUGACUGCCUCUCCUUUGCAAUGACACCCGAAGCUGCCUGGCUCCUGUGCUUCGCCAUGGCCUCCUCCUCUUCCUCCUCCUCGCUCCUCUCCUCCGGGGUAGCAGGCGAGACCGGGCAAUCUUUGUUCACACCAGCUGUUCUCAUGGGAAAGAGACAAAUACACGAUGAAGUCAACAGACAGGAGACUUGGGAAGUGAACUUGAACCAACCAUCAGAAUCAGCCAUAGGAACCCCGAACCAACCAUGUAAGGGAUAUUACUCCAUGCUGGAAAAUCAAUGAAGACAUUCAACAAGGAUGUUUAUGGGUCUGGGGGUGCCACUCCUUCCCAGAACAAGUCUCUCCGAGGUAGCAGCAUUAGCUACAUUGAGACAGCUGAGCACACGAAGGACCAGUUCUUACCUCGAGAUGAGUGGAAUCCUUUGGAAGUGAAAGCAUUAAACACACUCCAGCUACUCUUGGAUAGAAGGAAAAAUGUGAAAAAAUCAGUGGAGAAUCAGACAGGCUUAAGGAAGCAGUCCUUUCAGGAUGUCAAAGGCCUUCCUUCCCUUAGUCAUGAAGAGGCAUCUCUCUCUACCACUUAUUUGAGUCAAAGGAACCAAAUCAGCAGAAACCGGCUCCUCUUGGACUCUGCCAACAGCAUUUCUACUUACUUCCAUCCACCUGGAUAUCCCCACUGCCAAGGCAGACUUCUAGCGGAAGCAUCUAUGUUGAAAAACACGGGGUCAAAUGUUGGUCAACACUCUGGUGACUUGAAUCACUUCAACCGGCCUGGGAAGAAAAACCCUUACCACAAAUUCCAUGGUUUUUUCCGAAAUAUCACUAAACCCUAUUGGUUCACAAACCGACAGACUCCGAGUUUACUGAAAGACUUCAGCACCUUUAAGAUUGAUGUUGACAAUCUAGAAGUAUGUUUGACUGGUUGCAAGAGGGAACGUGAGGAACUAGAGGCUUACUGUAGCAGUGAAUUUGUGGUGAAUGGAAUUGUUCAUGAUAUUGCCAUGAUAUACAAAGGAACGUAUUUGGUGACCAUGCUAGUGAACAACAAUGGACUCUACAAGACAAAUCGGCUGUUCCUGAACCCUGAUGGCUACUUCUUUCGAGCUCAAAUGCUUGUUGUGGAUGCCCUGAAUUGUAGCAAACACUGUCCAGACUUUCAACUCGGUGGCAGGUACAUUGUGAUGGGUCACCUCUAUCACCGAAGAAGGCAACUGCCUACGGUUCUGCAAGAGCAUGUGAGAGGCCGUCUGCGGCCCGGAGAUGGGCUGCUUUGCAGAGGCAACAGCUACAUGAAGAGGUUCAACAGACAACGGGAUCAAAAGGUUCAAGGGGCAGCUCGGUCCAAGUGUGGAUGAGAAGGCAACUCAGCCAUCACUUUCUUUGGCUCUGAAAGGAGUUUUAGAGUAACAGGUGGAUAAAAAAUGUUCUCUGGUUUUGCUACAGGCCGAUAACACGUUUGGUCUGAAAAAUCACUUGCUUUUGCUAUUAAAAGAAGGAACUGGAGCCUGCUUCAGCCUCUUAAUUUUGUCACCCAAUUAUCAAGGCAUGAUAUUUACUCCCUGUAAUUAAUCUCUAUUAACUGAUCUGCUUGGUCAGAUUGAAGUCAACCAGCCAUCCAUCAAAUGCUUUUCCAGGUACCUUUAGGGAUUCUCUUCUGUAUACAUCAUGAUUAUUAGCUCCUAGCUAAUAAUUCUAUUCCACAUCAUCAACACAGGUGGUUCUCGUCGUACGACUGUAAUUGACCUUAGGAAUUACAGUUGUACGUCAUGACAGUCAUGAGUCAUCAGGUGACUCAUUUUUACCUUUUUUUGGAACGGUUAUUAAGCAAAUGCCACAGUCCUUAAGCAAACGGAUUGUCUACUUUGGGACUUUUGUGUUGGAAACCAGAAGUAAAUGCCGAUUUCUGGCAAAACUAUCAUAAAUCACGGUCACAUGACCGCAGGGCACUACACAUAGCUGUAAAUGUGGGCCGGUUGCUGAGCACACAAAACACAGACAUGUGAUUGUGAGGGGGGAGCUGAUGUUGGAACUUUGAAACCAGGUUGCAAGUCCCUGUUCACCGGUGCAUCGUCACUUCAAACGGCCACUAAGCCAAUAUUAUCUGUAGUUCUGCAUUCAUUUCUAAAGUUCAAAUUGUGGCUUUUACAACUGUAAAAAAAAAAAUGAUAUAAACUAAAUAUGUAAAGUGUUAUCAAAUGGUUGGUCAGUUUUAUUAAUGAGUUCAUAAAUGCUAUUGCUAAUAUAGAAAUAAAAUAUUCAAACAUUUUGAGAGAUAUUUAUAUAAGUGAUGUGAAUUCAAAUGUAAAUGCUAUAUGACAGGAAUAUGUCAGUGAUGUAAUAAGUGUUAAUACUUUUAGAAAUAAUUACAAUAUUGUAUCAGAAUUGUAAAAUCUAGGAGGAGGAAAAGUGAAUGGGUUGGAAAAAUGCAGACACCAAUGAUAAUGAGCAAGUGAAUUUUGGGCUGGAAUAAUUUAGCAUGAAAGUACUUGGUUUAAUAAUCUAAAGCUAUAGUCAUUAGCAUUCUCUGUUAUUAUAACAUUUUUUACCCAGCCAGCUGUGACUGGAAUAAUUUAGGAGCUUUUAACACAGUAUAAGCAAAACUUUAAUAAAUGCUUCUUCACUUCAGAUAUCAGGAUUUCAAACAGGUUCAUAUAUUUCUAACAGAAGCAGGAAAUAUUAAAUCCAUGAGGUAUUAUGUCAGUGCUGAAACUUUCCCAACGUGUCUUCAAUGAAAGCUCUUUAUUAACACAAAAUAAGAUUUCCUGGCAGCAGCCUGUAAGUGGGAGGAAGAAGGGAAGUAGCUUGUGUUCAAUUUAUCUUCGCAUUCAUUUCCUUAUUUUGCUUUCUGUAUUUAACAGAUACAUUUACCGUAGGCAUGUGUCUGUGUGAUGCCAGAGUCUUUCAUUACAAGGUUUUCUUUGAAGCAGGAAAUGUACAGCACCAGUUUUGAAAAUAGCGUAGUUGUAACAAUAUGGUACCUGUAUUAAAUUAUGCUAACAACCAAUGUAUGAAGUUUUUAAAACUAUUGGAUGUCAAUCACAUGAGAGCUUUGAUUCACAGGUUUCACUUGCAUGUCACUUUGUUGUCCAGAAUUAAAAUCGCCUCUGUUAAAUGU